CUGCGAGGUCUCUCCGGGAGGCGGGGGACGCGGCCGCCGAGCGCCUCCGGGGCGGGCGCUGAGGCAGGGGCGACGCGGAGCUAGCGUGCAGCCAGGGCCUCGAUUCUGCCCCCCGGCCGCAGACGAGCGCAGGGAGGUCUCCCAGGGCACCCAGCACGUCGCUCUCAGGGAAUUUAGGAUUGGACGAACGUGUACUCAUAAUACGUCUGCCUAGCUGCAGUCUUCCCACCUUGCAGAUGGGGAGACCGAGGCCUGAGAGAGGGGACCCGGCAAAGGGUCCGCUUCCCUUGUCACUGCUGAAGACUGCUCAGAAUCAUCCCAUGCUGGUGGAACUCAAAAAUGGAGAGACAUACAAUGGGCACCUGGUGAGCUGUGAUAACUGGAUGAACAUUAACCUUCGAGAGGUGAUCUGCACAUCCAGGGGGAGGAAGGUGCAGGGGGACCAUCCAGAAUGGGGCUGUCUUGAGCCCGUGGGCAGGUGCCCUGAGGCUUGCCAUCCCAGAGUACAGCAGAGCACUAGGCAGCCCAUCUUGCCCCUGGGCCGUCCUCCUGGAUGGUUCACACCCCGGCAGGCAAAGUGGUAAGUAUGACCGUCUCCCCUCACCUGUGUGGCUCUGUGCCCUGCUUCUUGUGAUGGUACAUUGUGGAGGUGUCCCGCUAGAAACUUUCUCCGGGUUUUCGUGCCGCUCUUCUGGCAGCAGGUGUCUGGGCAGUUCCAGUGUGGCUGUAGCAGACGCUGUCACAGUGCAUAGCCGAGCACGUGGCCAGUAGGUCUGUGUCCACUGCUGGGGCCUGGAAGCAACCGCCAGUUCUCAGGGCAAGGUCAGCCUUGACCUCCACCGCCAGCAGAGACUGGACCUGUGGGUCCUCCUGGGUCGUCCUCCCUUUGUAUCUACUGGUUGGAAAGAGAGGCCGGUGUGAGGUUCAGUGUCACUUGGGCUCUCCGGCAUCCUCAUCUGUAAACAGGUGGUAGCAGCACCUCCCUUGGGCAGCAGGCAGCAUGGGCAGGAUACAGACACCCCAGGGGCCAAGAAAGCACUGGAAAGCUAAGGUUGGUUGGAGGGUGGUUUCAGCUCAGGCUGCUCAGCUCUUGCCAGGGAAUGCAGAGUAAGCUCUGGUUCCUGCAGGGAGUGUGCUGGGCCCAGCCCGUCCCUGGCUAAGGGAAAGCUGAGCCCUGAGCAGUCAGUCCCAGCCCUGAGCUUCCAUGGAAUCAUUCUGUUUCUGUCAGGCUGUACUUUGCAUCCCUGCGGACUUGGCCCCUGGCCUACCUUUCCUGGGAGAGGAGUGCCCCGAGACCUCAUGGGAUUCCUGUGCGGGUUGGGGGCUUGUGCACACUCCUGGGAAGAGUUGGCCCCCAGACAUUCCUUUUGGCCCUUAGCUUUCCAUUUGUCAUGUUGAGUACUUCCACUGGGCCAGACCGGCCUGACCCAGGCACUGCUGGGAAGUGUUAUGCAUGAGGACUGGGGGUUUCAAGGAGGCUGGGAAGCAAGGCCUGUCGGGGGUCAGAGUUAGCCAGACAUGGAAAAGUGGGAACAGCAUUUGCAAAGUGCUAGAGGCAAGAAGCCCACUGUGUGUUCCAGAAGUUUCCAUCUGGAAGGCACGUCAUCGAGAGCUGAGAGAGGGCAGCCAGGGUGGGGCUAGAUCUCAGGCCCUUGGGAGCCACACUGAGGAGUUUGGACCUUGUCCUUGGGCCAAGGGGGCCCUGAUUGGGUUCUGAGAAGGGAAGUGUCUUGGUCUGAUUUCUAGGGAUGUGCAGGGAGGAGAGGGCUGCCAAGACUUCUGGCUCAGGGUACCAGGGGUGGGGCUGGAGAACUAAUCUGAAGGAAGAGGCCCUG